GUGGUGACCCACGAUCCAAGCAACAGACGCAAGUAGGUAUACGCGAGAAUGGGUAACAAACCAAUCUUCAUUGUUGCCGGAGUGGGUAAUGCCUCAGGUACUGGUGCCGCAGCUGCCAAGGUGUUCGCGCAAGCAGGUUAUCGCACAGCCUUGAUCGCUCGAGAUGCGACAGCGCUCGAGAAACUGGCAUCUCAGUUAACUGAUGCCCACGCCUUCCCCAUCAAGGACUACAGCGUCCAAUCCAUCCACGACGUCUUCGCUGCCAUCCGCAAACAGUGGCCUGAGGACCAGGGCCACGAAAUCCGCGCGGCGCUCUGGAACACCGGUGCAGCCGUCUGGAAACCCUUCCUGGAGAUUACAGACGAGGAGGUCAAGGAAGGUCUGGACAUAAAUAUCGCUGCUGCCUUCGCCUUCUCUCGCAACAUUAUCUUGGAAUUCAAGAAGAACUCGUUGAACGAGAUUGGCAAGCGGGGCACAUUAAUCUUCACUGGGGCCACUGCGUCUAUUCGAGGAAACGUGACAACUUCCUCUUUCGCGGCUGGCAAGUUCGGUCUACGGGCGUUGUCUCAGAGUCUUGCAAAAGAGUUUGGGAAACAGAACAUACAUGUUGCACACGCGAUCAUAGACGGCGUCAUCCUAACUGGUCGUCAGCGCGAUCGCCAUGACGAGGAUUGGGCUAAGAACGCCGACGUCCGUCUGGAUCCGGAGAGUAUCGCGAAGUCCUAUUUGUUCCUUGCGAACCAGGACCGGAGCGCCCUGACGUGGGAACUCGAUCUCCGGCCUGCGCACGAGAAAUGGUAA